AGACGGGGAGAGAGAGAGAGAGAGAAGGGGCCCCCCCGUUCUUCGAUCUCUGCUCCGAUCCCCAUCCUCCAUCGCCUGCAAAUCCUGCAAAUCGCCGCAAUCUUUCUCCUCCCUCUCUCUCUCUGUCUCUCUCUCUCCAAUUCGAGGUGUGGUUCGGAUAAACAAAGUUGUUGCCUCACCAGUGAGUCGGAGAAGGGAGCUAAAAAAAAGAAACUCACAGGCUGUAUUCUGCUCGAGAUUUCUUCUUUGAGACUUUUUUUAGGUUAGAUGGCAUGCCAUUCGCGAUUAUAGCCUUUAUGACCUUCCCCCUCGAGCAAAUUGUUUGAUUGUUGCGAUGUGGAAAUUUACGUCGAAUGUCAUUUCAAGCUUCGGAUUGAAAAAAAGCUCCAGUGAGCCCAGUCGAAUAUGUCAGGAGUGCUCAGAUGAUGAGGUUGCUUCGAAUGUGAGCAGGGACGAAGGCUUGGAAUGCCCGAUAUGCUGGGAGUCAUUCAAUAUUGUUGAGAAUGUGCCACAUGUCUUAUUGUGUGGCCAUACAAUCUGCAAGAAUUGUGUCCUCGGCCUUCAACCAGCUCUUUUGAAUUUUCCGGGACAAAAAAUUAAAAUACCCUUUCUCAUUUCCUGCCCGUGGUGCCACUUGUUGUCGUUAAGGUUGAUUCAUAGGGGGAACCUAAAGUUCCCUCGCAAGAACUUCUUCCUUCUUUGGAUGGUCGAGAGCCUGAAUGGGGACCGGACCAAGUUUACUUCCAGUUGCUCUCUUGAGAAUCAACCAGUUAGCUCUCCAAAGCGCAAUCUAGCUCUUGGAAAUCGAGCUGGCAAUGGUAGCCUCAGAAGGCAGCCGAGUUCUCGAAAUUCCGGGCAAUUGUCCCAGAUGGAAAUGGUCGGUCGCGGUCCCGAUGGGCAGCAUUCCCCUUUCCCUAAAUCUCUGGAUAUAUUCAUUGACAUUAUGUCAAAGUUCCCAUUGGUUAUCGUGUUUCUCCUGAUUCUGUUUUUUGUGCUGCCCGGUUGUGCUGUAAUCUUGCUCCUGUAUCUUCUGCUCACUAUUCUUUUUGCGAUACCCUCAUUUUUGGUAUUGUACUUCGCAUACCCUGUUUUGGGAUGGCUGGUGAAGGAGAUAACUUCGUGAGAUUUAGGUUUUCAGUGUUGAAGCCUGGGAUCCUGCCCCAUUAAGAUGUCUCUGCUGUCUGCCCAAGAGGCGAUGUAGUUGGCCAUCUUCUCUGCAGUUGCCAUGCGAAUUGAUUCAGGUCGUUGCUUCACCUACUUGAUUAGCUUUUUAUAGAGGGGAAGUUUGAGAUGUUUCUUGGAAAUGUAUCUAUUGCAUUUGGGAACGCGUUAAAGAGGUUGUCAUUCAUUUCAAUGGCAUUGAUUGUGCAUCAAGCAGCUGGUGGUACAAUGUAAGUCUAUUCUAUGUUGAUGCAUAGGAGGUACAAGAAGAGUAUCCAAAAGGUCCUCCACUUUCUUGGCAGCCAUGGUGGAGAUAUAGAUGGGGACAGUACUUGUAUGGAUGUUUAAUUGCAUCUCUUCUGCAUACUGCCCUUGCUAUGCCGCGUUUUUAGCUCUACUAUUGCUGGCUUUUCAUUAUGGGCUAAUAAUGUGUUUAGGGGAAUAGUAAUAUGUAUUUUCUUUACAUGCUCUUUUCGCUACUUUUUUUCCCCUUUAAUUUAGUCUUGGGUGAUGAAACUUGUCGUA